AUGAAUCUCCCCGGCCAAGUGCUCGCCGCCCUCCUCGUCGGUCUGAGCCUGGCGCAGUUCCCCGACCCAGAGCCGAGCCUCACGACCAUCCCCUCGCCCAUUGACCCAAACAUUACCAUCAGCUACAAGAUCCCCUCGUCCGGCGCGUGCGCUACGGCCUUUGACACGCAGCAGCAGUAUACCGGGUGGGUCCAAGUACCAUUGGCGGCCUACGGCGAGAGCAGCGACAACUCCUCCUCCACCACAACGACGACGAACCUGUUUUUCUGGUUCAUAGGUUCGCGCGAGCCCACGGCGGCUCUGACGGUCUGGCUCAAUGGCGGACCGGGUGCCUCGUCGAUGCUCGGCCUCUUCAACGAGAACGGGCCGUGCGAGGUUGUCGACGCUGGACAGGGCCCCGAUCGGUACACCACUGUUGCGCGCGAAUGGGGCUGGGAUCGCGCCUCUAAUAUGCUCUUUGUCGAUCAGCCAAGCCAAGUCGGCUUCUCCUAUGACAAUGCGACUCGCGGAUCCCUCGACCUGCUCACAAACCAAGUCUCGGUGCCACCUGCGAGCCGCCCGGAUUCGCUUCCCGAGAGUCUAUUUCUCAAUGGCACAUUCAGCUCCGGCAAUGCCUCGGCUACGGCAAACACGACUGAGACUGCUGCCAUGGCCGUCUAUCACCUGCUGCAGGGCUUUCUGGGAGUAUUUCCAGAAUUCAAUCCGCCCGACGGUGACUCGCUAGGGGUGAAUCUAUUCGCCGAGAGUUAUGGUGGGAAGUAUGGGCCAGUCUUUGCAUCCAAAUGGCAAGAGAUGAACGCGGCAAGAGCCAGCGGUGCCAUAUCCAAGAACACAACGGUCGAUAUCAGACUAAAGUCUCUCGGUAUAGUGAAUGGAUGCAUCGACGAUCUCAUCCAGGCACCCUAUUAUCCUGCCAUGGCAACAAAGAAUUCCUAUGGAUUGGUGGCCAUCAACUCGGUACGAGCGCAGGCUGCUAAUGCGAGUUUCUACGUCAAGGGAGGUUGUCAGGAGCUGAUCACGAGCUGCCGUGCCGCCGUACAGACCAAUGACCCGGACAACACGGGCGCCGUCACGGCCGUGAAUGAGCUCUGCUCGCAAGCCUACGACUUUUGCUCCAACAACGUCAUGCUUCCCUACACCGACGCCAGCCGCAGCGUCUACGACAUUGCCGCCUUGCUGCCGGACUCUUUCCCGCCCUCGCGUUACCUGGCCUACCUCAACAGCGCCGAGUUUCAGCAGGCCAUUGGCGCGACUACAAACUACACCGAGAUCAGCUCCACUGUCGCCUCGGCAUUCGCUUCGACGGGUGACUACGAGCGCGAGUCCCUCGUUCCCAAGUUAGCCUCGCUCCUGAGUGACGGUAUUCGCGUCGGCCUCAUCUACGGUGACCGGGACUACAUCUGCAACUGGCUGGGCGGCGAAGCCAUCUCACUCGCGCUAGCCAGCGCCGCCGCCGUUUCUCCCGCCUCUCCGGAUACCGAGUCGAUGCAGUACACGUCCUUUGCCGGCGCCGGCUACGCCCCCAUUAUUGUCAAUGACAGUUACAUUGGCGGCGUGGUCCGGCAGCUGGGCAACCUCUCGUUCUCGCGCAUCUACCAGGCCGGACACUCGGUGCCGGCCUACCAGCCCGAGACGGCCUUUCAAGUCUUUGCUCGCAUUAUCCUAGGGACCUCGGUUUCAAACGGUCAGCCAAUCGACCUCUCGGUGUAUAACACGACCGGCGCCGCCAACGCGACCAAGACCUUUGCCUUGCCCGCCAGUCCCUCUGGCACGUGCUGGAUACGCAACAUGGCUGGCAGCUGCAGCGAGGAGCAGCAGAAGCAGCUACUAGAUCCAGACGGUCAAGGAAAGAACGUGGCCAUUGUAAACGGCGCCCUCGUCACCAAGAGCGGGACCAGCGUGCCGAGCGCCACGACAGUGGUCGCCACGACUACUGUCACGGAGCCGCUGACUGGCGUGUUCACGGCCACAUCGACACCCAGCAGCGCUGCAAUGCAUGUUCAAUCGAUUGAGCCACCAGUGGCGAUGGGUGUCUUGGGCUGGUUAUGUGUCUUCUCGACAGUGUUUUGGUAG